CUCAUGCGGAUGUUGGUAUAGUGAAUGGUCGGGUAGCAAAACCCCACUCCAGACCUUACAUGGUUUCUCUUCAGAUUAACAAGGAACAUAUUUGUGGUGGAUUUCUCAUUCAUAACCAGUUUGUCUUGACUGCUGCACAUUGCAGACAAAAAAAUACGAUACUGACAGCUGUGAUUGGGGCACAUAACUUAAAGAAUGAGAAUGAGGGGUCUGUCCGCAUCGCAGUGAAGUCUUACCACAAGCAUCCAGGCUAUAGCUCAGCUAAUGAUCGUCUAAUGGAGAUGAAGGUGUAUAUAAUGGAUAACACAGAAUGUGAAACAAGAUGGGGAGAGAUAUACUCAGUUCCAAAGAUGAUGUGUACAUAUGGCAUUGGUGGAUUCUGCGAUGGAGAUUCUGGGGGUCCGUUAGUUUGUGGAGACACUGCAGUUGGUAUCGUAUCAUUUCAUGUCUUGGAUCUCUGCAAUUCGCCUAUGUAUCCUAAUGUGUAUACUAAGGUUUCACCUUAUCUGGAGUGGAUCAACAAAAUAAUAAAAAAUUUCAAGUGAAUUCAUGAAUUUAUUUCAAUAAAAGUAUCACA